UCAGCUCAAACUGCCAGCGGCGGCUAGCAGCUAGCUCGUUGCUAGCUGCUUGUUAUUUUGUGCAACAAGAUGGCUGUCGUUCCCGAGAACAGGGUGCUCUCCUUCGGCGUUUUUAAAUGGAGCUCUUAUUCUUCCACGUAUUUACCUGAAAACAUCUUGGUGGACAAACCCAACGAUCAGUCUUCCAGAUGGUCUUCAGAAAGCAACUACCCACCACAAUACUUGAUACUGAAACUGGAACGGCCGGCCAUCGUACAGAGCAUCACCUUCGGGAAGUAUGAGAAGACUCACGUGUGCAACCUGAAGAAGUUCAAGGUGUUCGGGGGCAUGAGUGAGGAGAACAUGACAGAGCUCCUGUCCAGUGGCCUUAAGAACGACUACAAUAAGGAGACAUUUACCUUAAAACACAAGAUCGAGGAACAGAUGUUCCCCUGCAGAUUUGUCAAAAUAGUGCCUCUCAUGUCGUGGGGUCCUAGUUUUAACUUCAGUAUCUGGUACAUCGAGCUCCACGGCAUCGAGGACCCAGACGUGGUGCAGCCCUGCCUCAACUGGUACAGCAAGUACCGGGAACAGGAAGCCAUCCGCCUCUGCCUCAAGCACUUCCGGCAGCACAACUACACGGAGGCGUUCGAGUCGCUGCAGAAGAAGACGCGCGUGGCGCUGGAGCACCCCAUGCUGAGCCACCUCCACGACCGUCUGGUGCUGUGCGGGGACUUUGACUCCUGCGAGGAGCUCAUCGACAAGGCCGUCGGAGACGGGCUGUUCAAUCAGUACAUUAGCCAGCAGGAGUACAAGCCCAGGUGGAGCCAGAUCUUGCCCAAAUGCCACAAAGGUACAAACGCCCAAGAGCCCAACCGAGGAGACCCCAACAGUGACGCCGAUGACAACCGUCCCGGGAUGAGAGGCGGUCACCAGAUGGUCAUUGACGUCCAGUCGGAAACGGUGUACCUGUUUGGCGGCUGGGACGGGACCCAGGACCUGGCGGACUUCUGGGCCUACAGCGUCCAGGAGAACCAGUGGACGUGCAUCUCCAGGGACACGGAGAAGGAGAGCGGUCCCAGUGCUCGCUCCUGCCACAAGAUGUGCAUGGACUCCCAGCGGCGCCAAAUCUACACACUGGGCCGCUACCUGGACUCCAGCGUCCGCAACAGCAAGUCCCUGAAGAGCGACUUCUACCGCUACGACAUCGACGGCAACGCCUGGACGCUGCUUAGCGAGGACACGUCCGCCGACGGGGGGCCCAAGCUGGUGUUCGACCACCAGAUGUGCAUGGACUCUGAGAAGCACAUGAUCUACACGUUUGGCGGGCGCAUCCUGACGUGCAACGGCAGCAUGGAGGACAGCCGGGCGUCAGAGCCCCAGUUCAGCGGGCUGUUCGCCUACCACUGCCUGGCCGGCACCUGGAGCCUGCUCAGGGACGACUCCUGCAACGCCGGCCCCGAAGACGUCCAGUCCCGCAUCGGCCACUGCAUGCUCUUCCACACGAGGAACCGCUGCUUGUAUGUGUUCGGGGGCCAGCGCUCCAAGACCUACCUCAACGACUUCUUCAGCUACGACGUGGACGCGGACCACGUGGAGAUCAUCUCCGACGGCACCAAGAAGGACUCGGGCAUGGUCCCCAUGACGGGCUUCACCCAGCGGGCCACCAUCGACCCGGACCUCAACGAGAUCCACGUCCUGUCGGGUCUCAGCAAGGACAAGGACAAGAGGGAGGAGAACGUCCGCAACUCCUUCUGGAUCUACGACAUCGCCCGCAACAACUGGUCGUGUGUGUAUAAGAACGACCAGGCGGUGAAGGAGAACUCCAACAAGUCUCUUCAGGAGGAGGAGCCAUGUCCUCGCUUCGCUCACCAGCUGGUCUACGACGAGAUGCAUAAGGUGCACUACCUGUUUGGGGGGAACCCGGGGAAGUCCUGCUCCCCCAAGAUGCGUCUGGACGACUUCUGGUCCCUGAAGCUCUGCAGGCCGACCAAAGAGUACCUGCUGAGGCACUGCCGGUACCUGAUCCGGAAGUACAGGUUCGAGGAGAAGGCCCAGGCGGAGCCCCUCAGCGCCCUGAAGUACCUCCAGAACCACCUCUCCCUCACCGUGGACCACGCCGACCCGGAGGAGAUCAAGGAGUUCCAGAUGCUCCCGUCCGCCCUCUUCAAGUCCAGCUCGGACUUCAUCCCACUGGGGUUCUCUGACGUGGACCAGACGUACGCCCAGCGGACUCAGCUCUUCGACACGCUCGUCAGCUUCUUCCCCGACAACAUGACCCCGCCCAAGGGCAACCUGGUGGACCUCAUCACCCUGUAGCCCCGCCUCCAGCCCUCGGCCACACCCGCCUCCAACCCUGGCCACGCCCACCUCAACCAGGGCGGUGACACUACUGACAGGGCCUCCUGAUUGGACGGAGCCGGAGAGGGAGGGGUUCAUAUUCGGCAGGGGGAGACGCCCCCCCGUCCCCUCUCUGGCGCUGCGGCGGGAAACCGCUCAGGACGCUGUGUCUGACCUUUGACCUGGUGACCCCUGACCCCCAGCAGGGUGCUUGCAGGGGGUGAACACUAGGGGGCGCUGUGGGCAGACUGAGGGGGGGGGGGCUUGGACUCAGAAACACUGUGAUCCCUGGACACGAGCCGGUCGCCGUAGCAACUCGGAGCCGGCGCCAUUUAAUUUUUUUAAAGCUUUCCACUAUUCCCCCCCCCCCCCCCCCCCCCAUCACGUCCCUGAACCCCCCUACACUCAGCUACCGUCGUGUGGAUUUACCCAGAAUGCCUGUAUCCAGGAGGUGGAUUCUUAUUGGUUAACUCUUUUCCUCGACUGCGCUACACCCGACACACCGAACGUAUGCGUGUUGCUGAACCAUUAGAGGAAUAAGAUAUAAAGUUCAUAUAUCGUAUUUAAGUAUGGCGUGUGUGUGUGUGAGUGGAUGUUAUUGAAUCCUAUGCUGCCAAUUAUUUAGUUUUGACAAAGGAACCAAUAUAUAUACCAAGUUGACAAAGGGAGUGUUUCACACACACACACACACACACACACACACACACACACACACACACACACACACACACACACACACACACACACACACACACACACACACACACACACACACGCGCGCUCCUCUGAUCAUUGUAAACAGGCUUGGGAUUCACAUGCUAGUCGUAGCAACAGGCUACUCCUCAGAUCAUUGUAAACUUGUCAUUCACCCCCUCCUCUCAGAAUGCGCUGAGUCCUGAGUUGUGUAUAGGAAAUGCGAUUACGUUACACACCAAAAGAAAGUCAGUAUUUAUGAAUGGGUUAUGGACGUGUGAUUCUCUCUUCACCUUAUACCCCUCGAAGUCCACAGAAUAUAUACUUUUUAUUUAUUGCACAGUUCUAACCUGAUUGGGACUACUGAAGUGCUCUGUCGUUUCCUUUCUGCCUUCGCUAAAGCUGCACUAUGUAAGUGACAUGUAAUAGGACGUUGCCAUUUAUGUUUCCACAAUACAUUAAAUUAAAAUUGAACCGACUUAAGCCAUCUCGACCAUUGGUACGUUAUGGAAUCUAAAUCUGAACAAUUUGAGCGUAACAAAUUUACUUAAAGAGCAGUUGAUGAUGUUACAUGAAUGUGUUUGAGUGGAUUCUUGAAAACUAGCGUGUCCUUUUAUUUCAUUAUUGGCUUGCGGGGAAUCUUCGUACUCUUAAUCAACGUCCAACGUGGUACCCAUCAGCAUCUAUACAAAUUGAAACCAUUUUUUUUUUUUUAUCAUAUCUUGGUUCGAAACGCUAUCAUGGUUGAGGGAACCGACUCGGAAGCGGCCAUCUUGGCUCCAAUCACUAGCAGCUGGCGCAGGCGCACGGAGCCAAAGAUAUGAAUCACGAUUUUUUCAGCUUAGAAUUGAUAUCACGAUUCUCUGCCACGAUUUUUUUCUCACGAAAUGUAAUUUUUAUUGCCCACAUGAACCAUAACCAAAAGAAAAAAAUGGCAGAACUAACAUCGUUUUUUGGCCCCUCUAGCAUGUUGCGGUUCAUAUGGCCCUUUAUAACUGAUUAAAGUGCAGUAUCAAAAACGGAAUGAUUUAUUUUGUACAUAUAGCAGCAGAUUGUCUUUAAUUGCUGGCCUUUUAUAACUACUGAACCAACUCUACACAACCUGUAAAUUAAGGCUUAAAAAACCACAGAGGUGUGAAUCGAGGUCGCGAUUUUAUAACGAUUUAUCGUGCAAGGCCUACUUCCGAGUCAGUUCCCCUCAGUUCCCCCCCAAGAUGACUUCUAGAUUUGGUUUCCCACUUUGCAUCUUACUGCUCAGCAUAUUGUAGCAUACCCCCCCCCCCCCCCGCCGCCACCACAACCUACUUUCCCCUUCCUCUGUGAGACACAGCGGAAAGUUUCCAUGGCUACUCUUGUAAAAGUGUCUUCCUUUGCACUGUGUGUGGUUGUGAUUAGGCCCUGAGAAACUGAACUCUAUUUAAACGUGUGUGUGUGUGUGUGUGUGUGUGUGUGUGUGUGUGUGUGUGUGUGUGUGUUAGUGCCCCCCCCCCCCCCAGUACAAAACAAAAGAAACUUUUAUUUGACAUUUUUUGUGCCAGGAAAAAAAUGCCACUUUUUUUUUUCUCUGAGAAAAAACUAAAUGCCAGAAAUUGUUAUUUUUUCUGUUCUGUUGGCCUGUCAAAACUCUAUAAUGCUGACGAUAUCAGAAAUGUUUUAAUUUCCUUCCUCCUGCCUGGACUCGGGUGAAUGUGUCGGAAGACUUGUAGUAUCGGACUGUAUGUAACAUGUACAUAAAAACAAGAACAAAUAAAGAUUGUAUUUUGUC